GCAAAUAAUGUAUUCAAAUAAAAUAAAUUUCAGCUGAUGGCAGUUUUGUGAUUUUAAUUUCAAAAUUUCUUAUAUGAAAAAAAUGGGCCAAUUAGUUCUGCGAUCAGAAUCUUUACGGUGCUAUAAAUUGAUAUUGAAAACUAUUAAUCAAAUUUUUCGCAAUGAUUAUGAUGCGAUUCGUUUGGCACAGCAAAAAGCACGUGAAGAAUUUGAGAAAAAAUCUCAUCUUCAGAAUCCAGAUGAGAUUCGUGAAUCUAUUCAGAUUGGUUAUGAUUCGGCCGAAAUCCUUAAACGUACUGUGAUACAAGCACGCUUGAAUGAACGAGGAAACUAUGAGGCAACAAUUCGAACUGAAAACAUUGAUGGCAAUGGAAAAUAAUGAAUUAUGUAUAAACAACUAGGCCCCAGUGAUGUUGACACUAUUUUGCAGACAGUUAGUUUUCCAUGUAAAUCAUAUUGUAAAUUAUUAAAAA